UAGCCACUCACAAAACCCACAAAGUCACACGCUCCUUCCAUUGCAAUAACCUUUCCCACUUUCGCAUUUUCAUCACGUUCUUUUUCGUUUUGCAUUUGCACAAGCACAACAUCUUCAUCUAUGGCGGGAGCUUUGGUUGGCGGUGCUUUUCUUUCUGCUUUUCUUCAGGUGGCUUUCGAUCGGCUGGCUUCUCGGGAUGUUCUGGACUUCUUCAACAAACCAAAAUUGAACCAGACAUUGCUCAAUAAGUUGAAGAUCGUGCUGUUAUCCAUCGACGCCGUGGUUGAAGAUGCAGAGCAAAAGCAGAUCACUAAUCCGAAGGUGAAGGACUGGAUUGAUUUGGUUAAAGAUGCCGUGUUCGAUGCUGAGGAUGUCUUGGAUGAGAUCGAUUAUGAAAUGUGCAAGCGCAAGCUGGAAGCUGAACAAAAGAGUCGAACCAGUGCCAUUGGCAAGGUACGAAACUUCUUUGGUGCCUCUGUUAGCUCAUUUGAGAAGGAAAUUGAACACAGCAUGAAAAACGUCCUUGAAAAUCUAGAAUAUCUUGCAUCUCAAAGGGACAUAUUAAGAUUGAAUGAACGUGAUAGUGGUGCUGGAUUGAGAAGUGCUAUGCCAGAUAGACUGCCAACUACAUCUUUAGUGGAUGAAGACAGAACAUAUGGUAGAGAUGACGACAAAGAAACCAUCAUUGAAUGGCUUCUGUCAGAAAAGUAUAACAACCAACUAUCUGUGAUUUCUAUAGUGGGUAUGGGUGGUUUGGGUAAAACUACUCUUGCCCAGCUCAUAUAUAAUGAUAGAAGAGUGUUGGAUGGAUUCGACCUCAAAGUUUGGGUGUGUGUCUCUGAUGAGUUUGAUGUGUUGAGGGUAACAAGAACAAUUUACGAGGCAAUCACUGGAUAUAAGUAUGAUACCAAUGAUCUAAAUAUGCUUCAAAUUAAAUUGAAACAACAACUAACUCAAAAGAGAUUUUUCCUUGUUUUAGAUGACGUGUGGAAUGAAAAUUAUAUGCUAUGGGAGGCCUUGCAAGCACCAUUUAAUAAUGGGGCCCUAGGAAGCAAAAUUCUUCUAACCACUCGCAGCGGAAAAGUUACUUCAACCAUGCGUUCUACUAAAAUACUUCCAUUGAAGCCCUUAUCAGCAGGAGAUAGUUGGUCAUUAUUCAGCAGAUAUGCAUUCCAUGAUGGAAAUGUUCUUUGUGCAAACUCUAAACUUGAAGAAAUUGGUAGAAAAAUCAGUGAAAAAUGCAAAGGGUUGCCUUUAGCUUUGAAAGCCAUUGGUAGUCUCUUAUACACAGAAUUAUCUCAUGAGCAAUGGAAUGACAUUUUGAAUAGUGUGAUAUGGGAGGAAAAAAGUGAUAGCACAAUUCUCCCUGCUUUGAGAUUGAGUUAUUGCUACCUCCCCUCUCAUCUCAAAAGAUGCUUUGCUUAUUGUUCAAUAUUUCCCAAAGAUUAUGAUUUUGAUAAGGAGUAUUUAAUUCAGCUGUGGAUGGCAGAAAAUUUUCUGACAUGUGCUCAUCAAAGCAAAGAUGGGAGAGAAGUAGGAGAACAAUUCUUUCAUGACCUGUUAUUGAGGUCACUUUUUCAACGAUCACCAGUAGAUGACACUCGUUUCGUCAUGCAUGAUCUUAUUAAUGAUAUGGCAAAAGUUGAAUAUGGAAAGUUUUGCCAUAGGUUGGAGGUGGAUGGUGUAAAUAAUUUGACAAAAAUGACCCGCCAUAUUUCAUUUUUGAGAAAUCAUGUUGAUCUAUCUAAACGAUUUGAGGUUAUAUACCAGGCUGAUAGAUUGCGCACAUUCUUGCCUUUUUCUAUACAAGGUCAUCGUAGCACAAGCUAUGCUUCUGACUCUAAUCUCCACCUCAUAUCCAACAGGAUUAUUCAUGAUUUGCCAUCCAAGUUUAUUUGCAUGCGAGUUUUAUCUUUAUCAGAUCAUUUCAUCAAGCACUUGCCUGAGUCAGUGGGAAAUCUCAAACAUCUACGUUAUCUGGACUUAUCAGGAAUUAAAAUUAUGAAAUUGCCCGAUUCAAUAUGUCAACUUCAUCAUUUGCAAACACUAAAGUUGUGGCGUUGUCAUCGUUUGGAAAUGUUGCCAAUGGAUCUCCAUAAACUUGUGAAUCUCCGUCACCUUGAUUUUCGUGAAACUCAAGUAAGAGAGAUGCCGAAGCAAUUCGAUAAAUUGAAAAAUCUUCAACUGCUAUCAUCAUUUAUUAUGGACAAAUCUGGAGAGACCAACAUCAAACAUUUAGGAGGACUUAAUCUUCAUGGAUCAAUUUCCAUCUCGGAAUUGCAGAAUGUAUUUUCUCCUUCAGCAGCUCAUGCAAUCAAUUUGGGAAGCAAGAUAAACCUAAAGGAGUUGACGUUAGAAUGGUGCAUAGACAAAGAGAAGUCACUGCAUGACAAGGAUGUGCUAGAGAACUUCCAACCCCAUAAAAAUUUAAAAAAGCUAUCAGUUGGAAACUAUGGUGGUAUUGAGUUUCCUAAUUGGCUUGGUGAUCAUUCGUUGUCUAAUUUACUGUCCCUAGAGCUAAGGCAUUGCAAAUACUGUAUAUCCUUGCCAUCAAUUGGCCUCUUACCAUCUCUCAAAUCAUUGUCAAUUAUAGGGUUUCAUAGUAUAGUAACUAUUGGUCCAGAAUUUUGUGGAAAUAGCUCUAAUGCUUCAUCCCUAGAAAUCUUAAGGUUUGGAGAUAUGAAGGGUUGGGAAGAAUGGAAAUGUGAAAUUUUGUCUCUUACUUUCCCUCAUCUUCAAGAGUUGAGUAUAAAAAAUUGUCCCAAAUUGAAAGGGCAACUUCCUCAACAACUUCCUUCUCUAACGACGCUAGUAAUUUACAAUUGUGAGAAGCUUUCAUCUUCAAUUCCACGGGCUCCAUCUCUUGAUAAAUUGGUUCUAAGAGAUUGCGGAAAUGAGCAGUUGGAUUGUCUUCCAUCAACCCUAAAAGUCCUUGACAUUUCUGGACGCUUUGGAAACUUAUUAGCAGUUGACAAAAUUGAGAAUAUAAUUUCCAAUUGUAGCCUUGAAGAGUUGACGUUUUCUCAUUGCCCCCGCCUAGAAUUCCCAUUAUGCUAUCAUCAUAACUUCAUUCUUGAAAUGGAGAUAAGAGGAAGCUGUGACUCUCUUAGGUCUUUUCCACUAGACUUAUUCCCGAAGCUUCAAUCAUUGAAGUUGGUUGAUUGUAAUAAUCUUGAAAUGAUAUAUGUUUCAAAGGGGCAACAUUUUUCUCUUACAAGCUUGUACUUACGAAUGUGUCCUAGAUUUGUAUAUUUUCCUGAAGGAGGGUUUUCGGCUCCCAAUCUAGAAUUUUGUUGCAUUGAACAAUUGGAGAAUUUGAAAUCACUCCCAGAAAAGAUGCACAUUCUCUUUCCCUCCCUCACAUGUCUUUUAAUAAAAUGCUGCCCACAAGUGGAAUCAUUUCCAGAGGGAGGUUUCCCAUCAAAUCUCAUAUAUCUUGAGGUCUUGGGGUGCCCAAAACUCACAGCCUCUCGUAUGGGAUGGCAUCUAAGUAGCUCUACUUCGCUAGAAUACUUUGGGGUUGGAGAUGCAGAUGAUGAGUCUCUUCCCGAUAUUGGACUACUUCCACCUACUCUAACUUGCCUUAGUUUCUAUAACUGCCGAAAUCUUAGAUCGUUGCAACACAAAGGUCUUUGCCACUUAUCCUCUUUGGAAAUCUUGAGAUUUUGUGGCUGUCCUCAACUCCAAUACUUUCCAAAGGAGGGCUUGCCUAGUUCCCUUUGUCAACUACUGAUUGUGGGCUGUCCCUUACUAAAAAAGCAGAUCCAAAAGCGUAAAGGAAAAUUUUGGGCAACGAUUUCUCACAUCCCUUUUGUUAGCAUUGAAGAGGAUGCAGCCGAAUCUUUAAGUGGGCUUCUCUCUCGUGAAGGCAUCAGCUUUCGUUCUAUCCGUUCACUCAUUAGUUGAGAUGAGCAGGUUUAAUGCUGCAACAACGCCAAACGCCAGAGCCUGAUCAGACUAAACUCUAGUGUGUAGAGCAUGUUCUUAUUCAGGUUACAUUGAUCUUUUACUUGCCGAUUACCAAUUAUACUUCAAACAUACUGUCUAUCAUACAGAAUGUCUAACACAGCUUUUCAGAUGGUCAUAUUGACAGAACAUUGUCUGAAAGUGAGCAUUUGAUGAUUGUAUCGAGCACCAAUUGUACCAGCUUCACAAAGGCUCUCAUAUUGUGUCCAGUGAACAUAAGAGACUCUUCUCCUCAUAUUGUCCCAUUUCUAAUGAAGGCCCCCUCCUUUUCCAUUAACAUCAGGAGCAAGAUAGCAUAUCCCUUGCUUGAAGCUAUAUCAUGAUAGAGCAAGACAGACCUCCAACUGCUCAGUGUUCAUUCAGAAAUACAACUCCCAUGAAAUAGAUUGCAAGAAGAUGACAUGCUUUCAAUGCUGCUGAAAACCUAUAUUCUUCACAUUCUAAGUUUCUAUUGGUCUUGCAGUAUAUGUUCUUUUAAAAGAUGAGUUUUUGAGCAGAUACUGUAAGCAAUAGCUUCCCUUCUUUCUUAAGUAAAAUUCCAGUUGUGUGGGAUUGCAUUAGGGUGUCAAGGCCUUAAAUGGCAUCACUGCUGUAGAUAGCUUACUGGUGUUAUCAUUACGGAUAGUAAAAACCUGAUUGCCUUCUUCAUUAAACUUUCAAUUUGUGUCCAGAUUUUUAUAUGCUGUGUCAUUUUCUUA